AUGAGGAGAAACUGCAACCUGGAGCUUCAGCUCCUACAUCCUUCUUAUGAAACCCAUCAAAAACAGCAAGAGCAAGAACAACACGAAGAACAGCAGCAAAAGCAGCAGCAGAUGAUGACUAUUUUUUAUAACGGAGCGAUGUGCGUUCGUGAUGUUACAGAGCUUCAGGCUAGAAGCAUCCUUUUUCUUGCAAACAGGGAAAUGGAGGAAAGGGUAAAGAGUCCAUUUACUCCAAGUGGAUCAGAACUAUCUUCACCAACUGUGAUGUCUCCACUGUGUAGCCCUGUUGCUGGCUUGUCUAUGAAGAGAUCACUCCAGAGGUUUUUGCAGAAGAGGAAGCAUAGGGUUCAAGCAACAUCUCCAUACCAUCACUAG